CACUGCUAAGACUGGAGUGUUGUCUGUCCCUCUCAGUUCCUAAGACUAAACCUACAUUUAACCCUUACCUUAAAACUUACUGGGGGUGAGACAAGCAUUGUCCUUGGGAAGCCAUAAUUAAUCCAUCAUUAGUUUGCAGUGUUUCCUGUUUAACGAGAACUACUUUAUAUCUGCCUGUGACAUCCCUAAUAGUCAUAACUUUACUUAGAGAUCCGCCAGCCUUUGAGUCACUGUCACUGACACAGAGAGCCUGCAGGCAUACUGGUCACCAUGGUUACUCAGUCAUUUCCGCAUUGCGUUCUCACCGGAAGUGGUUCGUCACCCUCCCUGCCCGCACUGCAACCUGGCUCCAGCAGUUUGGUUCCUAGCUGCGACGUUUUGUGCGCUGGUGAGCGACACUGAAUGGGAUUGGUGAAAUGGGUUAAUAAUAAUCUGUAAUGUAAAGGACUCGUGUCUGUCUGUAACAUUACUGUAACAGUGCUGGGGGUCCCUCGCUCAUUUAUACCGAUAAUGGCCUUAUAUUGGACUGAUAUCAUUGCCAAUAGCGAUAGAACCAUGUCAGUCUGCCAAUACAGCCUGGAUUAAAGGCAGUUUGAUAAUAAUAAUAAUAACCAUAUUCAGUACAUGUGAAGCCGUGUCCCUCUCUACUGUCUCAUCCCUUUAUUUAUGUUGCAGGAGUGGUAGGUGCAGGACAGCACCAGGAUGGCUAGUGACAGGAUGGGUGGCCCUGAGCUUCCUGAUUUCACCAUCCUAAAGAGGUUAGCCAGAGACCAGCUCAUCUACAUCCUGGAACAGGUGAGUGACACAUGCUGUGUUAUUAUAAUCAGUAUUUCACAUCUUGAUAACAUUGGUUUAAAGGACCACUAUAGGCACCCAGUCCACUUCAGCUCAAUUAAGUGGUUUGGGUGUCAGGUCCCUCUAGGGUUAACCCUGUAGCUGUAAACAGCCCCUAGUGGCUGUCUCACUGACAGCUGCUAGAGGUGCUUCUUGACGAAAGCAUAUGGACUGAUUGAAUGCGAGCAUGGCUCUUGCCGCGCAUGUGCAUUCGGUGGAUGACGCCGGAGGAGGGAGGAGAGUCCCGAGCACUGAGGGAGCCGAGCGCUGGAGAAAGGUGAGCUUUUAACCCCUUACUCCCCCAUCAGCCUGGCGGGAGUGGGACCCUGAGGGUGGGGGGGACCUAUAGAGCCAGGAAAACGAGAGAGAGAGUGAGUGAGAGAGAGAGAGUGUGUGUGUGUCAGAAAAGUUGUGGUGGGGAAAAAAGUGUGGAUGAAAACCCCUUCCACCUGAAAUAAGUGGAUAGUUAAUGCAAUGUUAUACACAAUUACAUGCACCAGUCAAGCCAUACAAUUUGCUUUUUCCACAUAAAUCUCACUUUAACAGUGCUCUCACUACUGCAAGGGAUUCUGGGUAGGCAUAUGCAAAUGAGCUCAACAAAGAACAAAAACUUUCCCUCAUAAUUCCACUUUAUACAUGGAUUCUUUGAAGUAUGUUUCUGCUGUAUACGACAGCUUUGAAACACAAUUCAGGAAGAGGAGCAAAGCCAAUGAUCCUCUCAUGUGGUUCAUUCUUGAGCUCAUUUGCAUAUGCCUACCCAGAAUCCCUUGCAGCAGUGAGAGCACUGUUAAAGUGAGAUUUCGGUUGGAAAAGCAAGUCUUAUGGCUUGACUGGUGUGUGUAUUUGUGUUUAGCAAUGUAUUAAAAAAAAAAAUAUAUAUAUAUAUAUAUAUAUAUAUGUCCUGAUGAAAGCUCUGUACAAGAGCUGAAACGUUGACCGUUUGGAACAAUAAGAAUAAAGAAGAAUCUCUUUUUUUUUUUUUUUUUUACCAAAUCCUGGAGUGCCGGUAUUUCUUUCAAAAUAAAUAAAUAAAUAUAUAUAUAUACAUACAUUAGUAAUAAUCAUAAUCAGUGAUAAUAAUAAAGGAUAGUAACAUUUGCAUGUCAGUGCUGUAGGUUACAGGCUUUGAUAUGAUUGAAUUUGGAUCAUUAGGGUUAAUGUUUUGUUUAACCAAUGUCCUUGCAGCUGCCUGGAAAGAAAGAUUUGAUAAUUGAGCCUGAUUUGAUGAGCCCACUUGACCGAAUUGCCAAUGUCUCUAUAUUAAAGGUACUCUUGAAUGCUUUUGUGUUGUUUAUUGAAUAAAAUGUUUACUAAUAAUACUAAAGAAUAUGUUGUGUGUGUAUAACCAGAAGGAGGAUAGGUUAUACAAUCUAUCUUAAUAUGGUUUAUAAAAUCAUUGGUAAAUGUGAAUUCCAAUAAAUGCAUACAGAUAUCGUUAUUUAAACUUUUUAAGUUUACUAAGCUAUUUUUUGUUGUGUUUAGAACUGUGUAUAAUGUAUAUAUCAAGAACAAUGAUGCCUUGUAUAUAUGAUUCCUAUAUUUAUACAGUGGGUGGUAACAGGAUAUUCCUAUAUGUAUACAAUGGGUGAUAUUUUGAUUUGUAACCUUUCAUACUGUAGUAGUGAUGGAGCCCUUUUCUUUUAAAUGUUGUUCUUUAGAUUUGAUAGUUUCUCUGUCCUACCAGAGAAACUAUAACCAUUUCACCUUAUUGAAUUGGUUUUAGUGCAUGGAGUUCCCUGACACUGUCCCUUUAUUCAGUGUUAAACUAUUCUUGAGCAGUAUAACAUUGAAUGAGGGUCCCUGGCUUCUAGUAGCCCCACCCCCCACUUCAUUCUUGUCAUACAGAUUCAUACCUGAUUGGGCACUGUGGUGGGCUAAAAUAGUAAUCUGACACUCUCAGCCAACCACAGCUGCCCUUUGUUGCUGAGACUAAUGCUGCACAAGGGGGAUAAUGAGCUGCUGUGAACUCUAAAAAUGAUUUAACACUGAACAGAAGUGCCAGGGGACUCCAGACACUAUAGUUACCUAUUUUAGCAAACAAAUAUAGAAAAUCAGUUCAACAUAUGCCAAACUGAUUAACUCGAGCAUAAAAACUUUAAACAUCUUCAUCUAAAAGCCCAUGGCAAUUAAAGAACUAGAAGUUACACCUCCGAGCUGAUGUUCAGGGACUUGCAAGUCCAAAGACUGCCUCUGUCUUACUAAUGAUUGGUAUUGACAAAGCUGCAAUCAGCAUCAGUCAUUAGUGAGAUGGUGGAGGCUUUAGACUUGCAAGCCCUUGAUGCAGAGAAACAGUGUAUGCAAGUCUGUUCUAUGUCAGUCCGGCUCAUUGGCCAAACAAGCUAGUGUAAUUCCUAUCUUUUUGACUGAGAGAACUUGGAUACGGAGCUAUGAGCUCCUCUUCCAAGCCUUGUUCUGCCAAUGUGACAUUUUGUUCCUGCCACCAUAACCACUUCAACAGUAAAUGUGGAUUUAAAUAGUUAAAUCAAGGAGCACUAUUUCUCUACUUCGGUGACAUCUUGAACACUUAUGAAAGGUAUCCUUUUUUAUAUUACUUUUAUUUUUGGCAAGGAAACUGUUUUUGUUUAACAGAAGAAAUUUGACCACCAUUUUCUUUUUAUGCAUGUCCCUGAGUAUUUAUUUGGAAAAUAGCUAUACAUUCAUAACGUUAAAAAAGUCCAAAUUAUUUUACUUAGCAUGCUUUUAGGCAUGCAUGCAGGUUUAUGCAAUAUGGUUAAUUUUUUUGUAUUUAUUUUUUUAUUUAGCAACAUGGUGUUGAUAAACUUUAUAAGCUGGAGAGCAAGCCAAUUCACAGCAACUGUGACCAGUAAGUUUUUCAAUUGUUUUUGUCUCUUGUAACUUUAGUCAAUCUUCACAUUGCUAAAUAUUGAAAUAUACAAUACAUCAGUUUACUAGUUGUUACAAUUCAAAAAGAAAUUAAUUUAAUUUGUACCUGAGCAGUUCUAGGCUGUAGUUUAAAUGUAGUUUUUCCUCUACACUGGAGAUGAUCAACAUCAUCUGUCUAGCUAUUGUAAAACAACAUCUCCAGUGAUGCUUUGCCAUCCAUAGGUAGAGAAAUAUAAUCUACAAAAGAUGUGCAAAGUAUAUUGGUCAAUCUGCUCUAGCCAUGUUUCUGAAUGUUCCUGCUCUUCCAGUAAUGAUAAAUACAGUAUGGAUGUCACUCCAGGUUAUACAUCUCAUUGUCACAAUUAAAUCUUUUUUCCUCUUAUUACUCUAGGCUUUGUUUCCUGGUCAGACCACGUAUCCAUCAUAUGAAGUACAUUGCAAGUAAGUCUAUUAUUUUCAGACCCAUCAAGAUCCAGUGUGCCAUUCCUUCUAAGUUACAUAACAACCUAUAACUUUUAUAUAUCUGUGUGUAACUUACAUUUUACAUCUGAUUUUACUGCCAUGCAGAUUCACUUUUCUGGACUUUACCUCCUGUUAUUCAGUGAGUGUAAGCUUGAAGAUUGUUUUAUCCCCUCUUUCUGCCCUGGUUUCUGUAUGUACCAGUCUUUCCAAGCAACAAGCAUCCCAUUCUCUUUUCAGAUUUGCAAUUCAGCCAAACCAAGUAAAUGCUUCAUAUUGAUCUAGCUGACAAUGAAUUUGAAAUUACAGCUUUCAUCAGAUGUCCUUUGGGACCCUAGCUAUGCAUCUAUGAUAAAAAACUUCAGUUUGCACUAACCCACUCUCGAUUAUUUCUUUAAAUGCCACUUGACUUGUAAGAUCGUUUUAACAAUUCCUUCUUUGUACAGUUAUCAUUCCUAGUGAUCUUCACUUCUGUUAUGGCACAUUUUUUCUGUUAUGACACACCCAGUCUCCACUCCUUCAAAAAAGCGUUAAAAACCCACUUCUUCAUAAAAGCGUAUCAAUUAAACUGUUAAUAGCUCCUGACUGAUUCCUCUUCUGCAACUGUCAUUAGUCUAAUACUAUCCUUACCUUUUUGUGUCAUUUUACCCCACUCCCUCUAGCAUGUAAGCUCAUUGAGCAGGGCCCUCAACCCCUCUGUUCCUGUGUGUCCAACUUGUCUGGUUACAACUACAUGUCUGUUCGUCCACCCAUUGUAAAGCGCUGCGGAAUUUGACGGCGCUCUAUAAAUAUCAUACUAAUAAUAAUAAUAUUUUUUGUAUCAUGAAUGUGCUUUCUUUAAUGUGACCCUCACACUUUUGUCUGCUUGUUCAUUUCCAUCACAGACCUUGUUAAUACAGAUAAACGUGCCGAGAGAAGCAGGAAGUACAAGAUCAUAUUUAGCCCUCAGAAGGUGAGUUGAUGAAAUGUUAAAUGUAAAUGUAGUAAAACUGUGACAUUUUAAUAUCCUCAGAGCUGUAACCAUUACAAUACUUUGUAUGGGAACUGAGCUAGAGGAAAAUGCUUCAAGAAUGUGCAUGCACACACACAGGUGUAGAGAUUGAGAAAUAAGCACAUGUUUUAUGUUUCAGUUUUAUACAUGUGACAUGAUACUGGAGCAAGAGGGGAUAUUUGGAGGUAAGGAUGAUAUUACAUUAUCACAUAGUGCUUUUGUAAAUAGUUUUUUCUUCCUGGGAAAUCCGACAGUACUGAUAUUAUACCCCAUUGGAACCCAUAUGUCUGCUAUGAAUUUCUAAUAUUUUGAAUCAUAUGAUUAUUAAUAGCCUCAGAUCAGAUGAAUAGACUGAUCUGAGUUCUCUCGUUUCUGUAUUAUCACACUGAUGGGUUUAUGGUCAACUUACCCUUGUUCAUGAAAUUAAGAAUUGUUUAGGAUCCCAUAGAACAGGGCGUGUAACCCAGUCUUUUAAAGGCCUGUGAUUUAGGAAUUCAAAUAUUUGACAAACUAAGGAUAGACAUCAAAAUUAAGAAUGACUGUCCUAGUGCAUAGAUUCUUACUUGUUGCACUUUUUUCAGUAGCACCCUGUCUACAAAAGCAGUGUUCAUUCUAAGCUUUUUUUAUGGGCUUUUUAGAUAAUCUAAAACUCAGGUGUGAUUGUUCUAUAAUUUUUUUUUUUUUCUGUAUUAAUAUUAAUAAUAUUGGAUUUCAUGCAGACACGUACUCCGAGAACUGUGCUUGGAAACCUGUCCUCUACUACUGAUGAGUGACUUUGAAAGCAGCCUAUGAUUUGCAUAUUUGUAUACAAUGCCAUAUAUUUAAAGGACUUCAGAAUGCAUCAAGAGUGUUUAAUAAGUCAUGCUACUGCUGUAAAACGUUAUAUACGUUUAGAGAUAUGAUUUUAAAAAGUAUUACCAAAUUUAAAUGUGUGCUGUUUCCAGCCAUAUGUUUGUCUUGUGGCAAUUUGGAUAACUGGAAUCAGAUCGAUGGACUAUAUAUAGAGAAGAACUGUAUAUAGAGAAGGGCAAAUAGUAAAUGUGAAGCAGUGAUUGUAGAAGCUAUUUACUUACCUGCUCCUUAUUCAGCAUUGUGCCCUAUAAUUAUUUCUGUAUGUCUGUAUCCCAAUGCCCUGUUUCUUACAGAUGUGACUUGUGAUGAAUGGUCAUUUUAUCUUCUACCACUUGAUGAUGAUAUUAUCAGUAUGGAGCUGCCAGAAUUUUACCGGGAUUAUUUUCUUGUGAGUAACACUUUAAAUCAUAUUUAAAACAGUACUUGAUAGAAAUGGAUUGUAAUCCCUCAGUACAAUGUCCUCUCUUUAAUUUAAUCAUAUUUAAAACAAUACUUGAUAGAAAUGGAUUGUAAUCCCUCAGUACAAUGUCCUCUUUUUAAUUAGACUUAUAAGGGAUUUAUAGAAAAGCAUCUUUGGGGCACAGUUCUAAAAGUGAAGCAAUCACCAAGGAAGCCAGUGGUAUGUUGCUGCUUUGUCUAGUUCACGUAAUGAUGCGAAGAACUGUUACAUGUACAUCAGAUAAAUUUCAAUAAGAAUCUGUGUAUAGAAUGGAAGUCCUGUAACAAGUAGCUAAACAGAGGUUUUGUUGAUCGGAUGUGAAUAAUUUUUUUACAGAAAGGCUAAGGGUCUCAUUGAAUGACUCCUGGCAAGCCUGGUAAAUGCUUCCAAAGUACUGGAGUUUAUUAGGAACCACAUAAUGAUGAAAGAAACGUAGACUAGAAACAGUGGACUGGAAUAUGUCCUGUGAAACAUUGCAUGGGCUUUUCAUACAGAAUGAUGAUGAAAAUGUUUAUUGGAAAAAGUUGUCUAACACUGAUGACCAGAUUGAUGUAUAUUCUAUAUGUGGUAUCCAACUGGUCUUCUCUUUGUGGACAGGAAGGGGAUCAGCGCUGGAUUGGGACUGUGGCCAAAGCUCUCCAUUUAUUAAAUUCAAUCUUUGGCCCCGUCUUGAGAGCUUAUGGAAUUGGAAGAUGUGCUAAGGUAAUGUCCUUUUAAAACUAUCAUAGCAUCUACAGUUUAUUAAUUUUGCUGUGUACAUGCUGUAUCCCUUUUGUUGUAUACAGGAAAUAAAAGCUUUUGAGAAAUGUUGAUAGAUCACAAAACAAAAUAUUUGCUUUAGUUUAAUUGUACAGUGCAACAGAUAAGUAUAGCUUUUCACAGUAUAUAUGAUUCACACUUCACAUUGUUUUUUUUGUUAAAUCCUUUAAUGGCACAGCUGUAAAUGAAACAUAAAGCAUUAACACCUCUACACUGUCACUGUAAAUAAAAUAACACUGGUGAUAUUAAAGGAAUUAGUUUAUUUUUUUAAUAUGGACAUAUGACACAUGAAGAAUGCACGCUCAUUUCAAGCAUGUCCUGGAAAGAGUACUUUUUUUUUUUUUAAUUUUAUUUUUUUGAACCAGCUGUUAAAAAACAAUGGAAUCCAUCAAUUCUGGCCUCACUGAGAUUUCUUGAAAAACAGUUUUUGAAGAGGAGAAUGCCUAUUAAUUCAGUUCUUUUCUGCUUAAUAUAUUAAGUCCCAAUAACUUUGAGCUUUUAGUGGUAGUAUGUUCAUGAUUUCAGAUGGUCCAUGAGUUGUGGAAGGAGCUGAUGGAUGAUGAUGAAAGUGAUCAUAGAGAGAGACGACCAGACCUUGGAGUUGUGUUCAUGAUUGACAGAGGUAAUAUUAGAAUGCGGUUUCUUGGGAUAAGUACAUGAAAAAGUGACGAGCAGUUUGUUUUGGUUUGAUAGCUAGACAUCUAGGAAAUAAGCAUUGUGGCCGCAACAAUCAUGUUUAUACUGGGCCCUGUAGGGAUAUUUAUGCUUUUCUAUUCCACUUCUGAUAUGAAGAAUAAAAAGUUACAAAAUACCGUUGUAUGCAAUGUUAGCUUUCAAUCAUUUUUUUUACCUGUGAACAAGCCAAUGAAAAAUCACUUGGUUAUUGUUUGCCAAUAUUUGAUAAGUGGCCCACUAUGUGUAAAAGCAGUUUUUCCCCCUUGCCAAAUGGGUCUUGAGAAACGUAAACACCUGGGUGAUCAUUUCUCUGUUUAAAACUCAUCUCAGUACAUUUAAUUUGCCCCCUGCAAGGCUUCCCCUGGAAUAUAGUGUACUGCAGAAUUGCCACCUGUAACAUGCACUGAGCAUGUCAUGCGCCCGGCUUUGACAUUUUUUUUUUAAUUAAGUGGAUGGUGAGUUAUUCAGACAAACAAAAAAUAUAGGUCAAGGAUCCAAAACAUGUUCUAUCCAGUAUAAUUUUAUACAUGUAAACCAACUAAAGAAGAGAGAAAAACCACAGAAAUAAGAGAGGGUGAAGGGAGAGGCUAAUUUAUAAAAGCGUCAAUUUCUAUUGAAUUUAUAUAGAAAUUUAAACUUUUUGCAAAAUGAAAGGCACACUCUUCACGCACACUCUCCAUCAAGCUAAGGUGCUUCAGGUGUCUGGAGUGUUUCCUUUUAAUAAUGGGGGAUAGUUGAUCUUGUACAGUUUCGUGGAAUUCAGAGCUAGCUUUAUACCUAGGUACUUACUUCAGUGGGUCGAAGGAGAUCUGCAAACUAAAUUUCAAAGAUAAACUAGAAAUCUCUGCUGGGAAAGGAACAUGGACAUGACCUGACAUUCCCAUCUUUGAAAUUCUAAUGUGCUCAUGCAUUCUUAUGGCAAUAUUCUUAUAAAUAGAAUUGUUACAUACAGGGCCAAGAAACAUAUGCAUUGGGAAGAAGAAUACUUAUAAGUACCAUUAACGUGUGUUGAAAAUAUAUGUCUCAUAAAUAUUGAAGCUAUUAUUUGUGUUUGUAUAUUCACUUGUAUUUUUCUUAAAACUUGUCCUGCCUUUAAUUAUUUGUCAAUUUUGCCAAGCACCCAGCAUGGUGACAUUCCUUUUUCCAUUAAAUACACACCAAGUCACAAAAAGUGAUUUAUCCUGUCAUUGCAUUUUGUGCAAUGCUGUUUUGCAGGGUUUUUUUAUCUACUAUUUUCAAAUUGUUUGCAACGCAAUGCUAUGUUUUUGAAUUGAGUUUUAUUACUUGGGGUAGAAAAAACCCACUUACACUUUUUCUCAUGGACCACUUUCAUUCUGAUUAGAUUUUGUCUGCCUUAUACUUGAGAGUACUUGAAGUGACAGUGAUUUAGUGAAAUGAAUCUGUGUUGAGUUUCAGCUCAUUUUGUAACUUUAACUCUCCAUAUGGGAUCACUAUUAAGUAACUGCUUAUGUUUAUUCCAGAUGUUGAUUAUGUCACUCCUCUUUGCUCUCAAGUUGUGUAUGAAGGGCUGGUCGAUGAUAUUUUCCGCAUUAAGUGUGGUAAGUUGUGUUUUUCCCCAUCCAUUUAGCUUAUUGUAGUUUAAAGGCAAAGCUUGUAUGUUAUUAUUAUGUUAUAUUCCUAAACAGAAAUCUAUGCAGUCAAUAAAAUUGAAAAAAAAUAAAAGAUCCUUCAUUCGGCCGUCUCCCAGUUUUGUAUGCAAUCACUAGAAAUAUACUUCGAUUCAGAGGGCAGCUGGUAAUCCAGUGUGUACUAUGCGAUUCAUUUAGAUUUCCAAUAAUCCCUUGAGUGUGAAAACUGCACAUUCAGAAUCUAGGGGGCUAAGCAAAUCAUUAGGUUUUAUCAAAUUCAUCCCUUUGCACCACUAAGCUUCUGCAAAUGGUUUUCAGUUGAGUAUUCAAGUUCAUAGCUGCUAUUUAUUUUUUCCCUUCGUUUCUAGAAAAAAUAAAUAUCAAAAUGUGACUAAAUUGGGUCAUUUCCGGUUUUGUGUUGUCUGUGUUUAUUAAGUGACUACCUUCUAUGUCUGCGUAUAUUCCAUUACCAUAAAACAUACUAUAACCAUUGAUAUCAAUUAUAAGAAGAACAUGCUCAUGUCAUUAUUGUAAUAAUUCUAUAUGAUCUAUUUUAAUAGGAAGCGUUGAAUUUGGCCCAGAGGUCACAUCUUCUGAAAAAAGUAUAAAAGUUCUUCUAAACUCUCAAGAUAAGGUACACUUGCUUCUCAAUAUUUAUAUUCUUGCAUACGAUUUUACCAUGUGUUUGUGCUCUACUGUCGAAGAACGCAUUGAGACACAUGCACUCAUAGUCGUUUCUCUGCAGAUGACUGAGAUACAUGCCUGCAGUUUCAUGGAGCUAUGCUGCCCCCAUUGCUCUUAUCCUAUUAUUGUCCUCCAGAUUGGAUGAUUUGCACUUUAUAAUGUGGAAGUGAAGUUUAUGCAUUAUCAGAGAUCAUACGAGAUCAGAAAGGCUUAAAGGGCCAGGCUAUGGCAGCAUUAUUAGUCAAAUGUCUCCUAAAUGGUUUGACAAACAUGGGGGACUGCACCCAGAGACUUAUAGUGCCAUAAAUAAUACGAUGGGCUGUCAUGGUUAUGGUUUGAAACGCUCUUUAGAUUUGUUUAUUUGAUAUAAUGUGUAGGUUUAACAUUUUAACUCUGUAAUGGACAGAAGAAGACAGAAAAAAAAUGACGGUGAAAAUUAAGAAAUGUCUGAAUGCAAAUGGCAUAUGCAAAUUAUUUUGAUUGCACUGAUGAAUAUUCAGAAAGUACACAUAACCAGCAGCUGUCAAUCAAUAGGUGGCACUGCACACAUCACACACUAUGAAUACUGACUGUCACUGGAAUCAUGGGAAUGGUAACUUAAUUUACAUUGAAAUAGCCUUUUUCAAAAGGAAAAAAAAACUGCUUUAUGUUCUGCAUGCACACAUAGUGCUGUGUGAAUACACCUAUCAAUAGCCAUCUUAGAAUAUUGUAAUCCAUUGUACAUGGCUGUGGAAUGUGUUGGUGCUUUAUUAGCAAUAAUAAGCUGGUUGCAAUUUGUUUUGCCUUUUUCCAGGUCUUUGAAGAAAUUCGAAAUGAACAUUUCUCCAAUGUGUCCAACUUCCUGAGCCAGAAAGCUCGCAAUCUGCAAUCACAGUAUGAUGUAAGUCAAUUAAGGUGUUUGAUAAUAUGGUAACAGGAAUCAUAACUAUUAACUUUAUUAGCUGAAGCGGUUAGAAAAAAAAAUGGCAUUUAUAGGCAAAGAUUUUGGUGUUUUAAUGUCCCGGUGGCAAAAUUGUUUUAACAAAAAGAAAACUGAAUAGCACUCAAAAUAUUGGAUGCUGCUAUUCAGGAGAUAUCAAAAAAACAAGUAAAAAUGGCGCUAAAACUAAUAUACACAGUUACAAUACAAAUUUAAAGCAGCACUAUAUAUCGUGAAAAAGCUCCUCUCACAUAAGUACAAAAACAAAAAUAAAGUGCGCUGUGCCUUUAAGACCAUCAAACAAUACAAGUGAAUAACUUUCACAUAAAUAUAAAUUGGUAUACCAGCAAAGUGAUUGAACGUGUUUAAUGUCUGACUUGUGAUCAAUAAACCCUGGCUGAUUAAUAGACUGCAUUAUGUUAUUGUAAGUCAGCUAUCCUCAAAUACAACAGAUAUCCAGCACUUUAUAACGGAAGGCUUCCACUGACAUAGAAUAGUGCUCAUUAUAUCUUUUGCCUAAAAAGCAGACUCAGGGAAGAAGCUGUCAAGUUCUAUUCGUAUUUCACUGAAGUUCUAAUAGAAGCAAUUUCAAAGUUUUUAAAAGUGAGGUAACCUUCUAAAUAAUUUUAUCCUUACUUUGCACAUAUGUGUUUUGUCACUAGUGCACUUUAACACUUUUUUAUUGGCACAAAUUAUUUAUGUCAUUGCACAUGUAUGUGGUAUUUAUAUCACUUAAUAACUGAUUUGUAGUGUGUUCAGCACAGUUCACUCUAUACAAUUUUGGAAAUUUAUAUUUAUGUGAAAGUUAUUCACUUGUAUUGUUUGAUGGUCUUAAAGGCACAGCGCACUUUAUUUUUGUUUUGGUAUUCAGGAGAGAACUCCAAUCUCCCAAGACGCAGUAAUUCAAAAACAUGCGCAAAACGUGUAAAAUAAAAAUGAGAAAAAGUCAAAAAUGAUUUAAAAAGAUUGGAACAAAAACAAAAUCAUUUCUUUGUCUGACUAUAUUGGACAAUACAAUAAUCUGUACCAAAUAUAUAAAUUCUUGCCAGUUUUAAUGGCUUGUGAUGUGAAUGGAAAUACUGGACUACUAUCGUGAUCAUAUGGUUACAUUUGAAAAACUGAUGCAGAAAGCAUUUGUUGAUUUAAUUUAAAUGAGUUAAAAUGUACUGUCCGUAUUUAUGUGGGUGACAGAAUGAUGAGAUGUAUACCUUUGCUGUGGCACGGUGUGAUGUCCAGAGAGUGAUCAAAUAUAGGGCUGUUUGGUAGUGAAAGAGAUAUAAGUAUCCAAGACAACUGACUGUCUACUUGUGUAACAUGUCACGUGCUAAUGUAAUGUAAAAACUUACUAAAGCCUAAGAUUUUAAUAAGUAAUACAAGUAAAUGCAUGUUUCUUAGAUGGGAACCUUAUUGAUAUUUUAACUACCUGUCAUACUAUAAUGUCCCUGCCAGCUGAUUAUUCUGACAUAAGCUCUCAAUUUAUUUGUCGUGAUAUAAUCCGUAAGAUUGCCUUAUUGGCAAUACACGUAACUCUUCACUGUCUGAACACUUGAAAUUGUAAAAACACUGACAUUUUACUAUGGAUUAGAUCAUUUUAAUAUUUAAUGUUGUGUCUGUUAAAAGAUGGCAUAAAUUAGACUUGAACAAUAGCCAAUAUAUAUCCCAUGUAAUAUAAUGAUACACAUUACUUAAAGGGUUUAUGGAAUAUUAAUGUAUUAGUAGAUUUGUUAUCCAAUUAUGUUACUGACCCUCAGUAAAUGUUACUCAGAAUUACUGUCAUUUUAGCAUGGUGUUAUAGCUUAUAUAUUUUUUGUUUGUCUUAGAAACGCCGAGGGAUGGACAUUAAACAAAUGAAGACAUUUGUUUCUCAAGAACUUAAGGGAUUAAAACAAGAGCAUCGUCUUCUGAGUUUGCGUAUGGAGUACUUAUUACUUUAUAACUUUGUCUUUCCUCUAAUUCCAUUUAAAUUGUGUGACAUUGUUUGAUCUAAGGACCAUAAUGUUUUGAUAUGGGAUAUAUAAUGUGGUGCUGGAUAAAAAGACAAUGUAGACCUAUUAUUCAUAUAAUACAGCAAUAUGAUGCUUCCAGUCUUACUAGUGACUCCCUGAUGUAAUUGUUAACACUGGAACUGCCAUGUAUGGGGCACGUUUAGCAACGAUGGGCAAAUGUUAAAUGGUAAUAAAUUAUAUAAGAUUAAAUCCCUAUUUCUUUUCAUCUGCGUUUGUAGUAUGUUAAAUUAUUUUGCCAAUCUUGUUUUUAGUAGUGAUGACCUCUUUUGUAUUUUGUGGUGGUCGAGGUCUCUAUUCUAAAUGGUGCUGGGGAGUUGCAUUGUUUGAAAUUUGGUUAGUCAACUAGAUUUGUUUUUUGGUAUCUCUUUACAAUUACAUAAUUUCCCAAAUUCCCAUUAGACACAGGCUGCUGCGUUUAUCUCCAACCUCUGUCUGUUCACUAAUAACCGUGAUUAAGCACCAGCUUGAACUACCUUAUCUGUGUCCAUGUAUUGUUUUUGAUCCAGCACAAAUCACUAAUAUAAAAAAACGUGCAGCUAAUUUUACCUGCUCACACCUUGCUUGAUGUUAUAAAUGCCGGUCUCCAGCUGCCUCCUAUGAUAUUAAGACACUGUACCUGCAGUGCUGUUGUACAGCUGCUGACUCCCUGUCUGUGAGAGCAGGAAGACACAUGGGUUGAUUUAACUGCAGUCCUUCCCAAUGCACAUCCUAUAGAGAAAUGUAAUAUUGGUGCUAAAAGUGGAAGCAUAUAUACUGGCUCUUGGUUUAAACUGUAUUUUAUUUAUUUAACAGAUAUUGGAGCCUCUGAGUCUAUCAUGAAGAAGAAAACAAAGCAGGAUUUUCAGGAUUUUUUAAAAACCGAACACUGUGAGUAGCUUAAAUAUGAUUAAUUAUCCUGAUCCUCAAUAUUUUAUCGUGGAAAAUGGCUUUAGGAGGGCUAAAUUCUGAUGACUGACUAAUAAUAUUAGUCAGAGAUUAUGACUGACUAAUAUAAUUAUUAUAAUUUCGUAAGAGUGAUGGUAAUCUUGACACUGCCUGAAGGCUCCCCGAGCAUCAUCAGAAAUGUAAUUUUCAAACCACUGCAGGCCUAAGGCUAUAUUACUAUAUAUUCCUAAUAGAGGAACAGCGUGCUUAGAUUGAACAUCUAAACCAAUUAUCUGUACAUUACACCACAAACUGUGAUGGAAUCGCUUCUCUUUUCUUCUGCACACAGCAUUACUGGAAGGAUUUGACAUUCGGGAGAGCAUCAGUUUCAUAGAAGAACACAUAAAUAGACAGGUGAGGAUGUUAUCCUUGUAAAUAAUCACAAGGAAGUGAAACAUAGUGUAAAAUAAAUAAUAAAUAGAUAGUAUUUCUGCUGGCCUAUCCAUUGGAUUAUUGCAUUUUGUGACUAGUAACAUGGAAUUUCUUUCUUGCUAGGUUUCCCCCAUUGAGAGUUUACGCCUGCUAUGCCUUCUAUCAAUCACAGAGAAUGGUAGGAAUGUCUCUCAUUUGGGAGAUUGGUGCAGUUUAGUAUGCUAAGUUAUAUACCCUUCUGUAUGUAGGUCCAUUAAGUUAAACACAAUUAAAUCAUUGAGCAUCUCAUAAAAGUAUUACAUUAAUAAAACUAUUGUGUUGUUUUUUUUUUAAAUCACAUGUAUAUUGGAUCAUUAUUAAAAAACAAUCUCUCACUGGUUUGUUUGUUUUGUUAUAAUUUUAGGUUUGAUAACUAAAGACUAUCGAUCGUUGAAGACUCAGUAUCUACAGGUUUGUAUAAAAACCAAAUCUAACACAAAAAAAAAAUAUUUUUAUUUUUUCAUAGAGAUUCGUACAGUAGUCCUUUUACUGCAAGCAUGCACAGCACAUACUAUAAAGAUUAGAGCACAAUGUGUGAUCACGCCUAAAACAGAGUACUUGUCUUGAAGUUGAUUCUCCCAAAAAGAUCAGGGUACACGUGAGUUAAGAUUAUUAUUAUUAUUAGUAGUAGUAAUAAUAUUGGUAUUUAUAUAGUGCCAACUUAUUCCGCAGCACUUUACAAUAUUAUGAAAGGGAGAAAUAAAGAGGAUUAAAAAGUAACAUAACUGGAGGUGAGAGUGGAGUGUGGCUGUUUAGGAGAGAGCCAGAGACAGAUUUGAGACAUAGAAGUUACUCAGGGAGGUCAUAAACAUUUCUAAGCAGAUGGGUUUUGAGGGACUUCUUAAACGAUUGAAGACUAAGGGAGAGUCUGAUCUGGGUAGGCAGGUUGUUCCAAAGGAAAGGUAUGCCUGUGAAAAGUCUUGCAAGUGUGAGUUAGCAGUGAGGGUGCAAGGAAUGGACAGGAGGUGGUCAAAGGCAGAGCGUAGUGACAAGAACGGGCAUACCUAUGAAUCAUGAAAAAUUAGUUGUUUUAAUCUUUAUCGUUAAGGUUUAGCAUAGAGCGAAUAAAAUCUCUGGAUAUACUAUAUAUGAAUAUUAGCAAGAAUAAGGCACGGUCAGAAUAAUGUGCUAAAAUUAGUACUCUGGGAUACAGAAUCCACAGCCAUCCUCAAAUGGAGAUUAAAAUGAUACUGAGAAAUGGAGGACAGAUGUGUGAUAAUAAAAGGAACAUUCAUAAUAAACAUAGUGGUUGCUUAAAUUGCAGUUUUAAAAGUCACCUUUCAUCUGUCCAAUACAGACGAUGUGGGUAAAGGUAUUUAUAGAUUGACAUUUAAUUUAUAAAAACUUUUCCUCUCUAACUCAUUUCUCUAUAGUGUUUGAUGGAGACCUUAAUGACGCAAAUCCCUAAUUCAGUCAGCUUUAUCUGAUCUCUGAUAUUAUAACGCUUUUACAGUUAAAAAAAAACCUCUUCUUAGUUAUGAACUAGUUGUAUCCCUAAAUUCAUUAUACAUAUAAAUUUUAAUUUUUUUAAAGUUUACCAAUAAACUUUAUUUUGUGCUUAUAGCACCGAUUUAGCACAUUAUGAAUAGCACAUGCUCUAUUCCAGCACAAAAAGUUAUCAUUUGUCAUUGUAUUACGUCAAAUUAUAUCUUACGUGUUAAAACUUUCCAAACAUGCACAACAGGCAAUAAUCAUGGAAUAAACUAUCACUUGCCAAAUACAACUUAUUUCAAAAUAUAGCGGAUACUGAAAUAGUCGCCAGUCAUUAGUACAUUACAUAGCAUGUAUGUCAUGAUAUGUGAGUCUUCUUUCAAUUAAGUGACACAUGAUUAUGUCCUGUAUCCAUUGUGUACUACAGAGCUAUGGACCAGCUCAUCUGUUGACCUUUUGGAACCUAAAACGCGCUGGUUUACUUAUAGAACAAGUGCCUGGGGAUACUCUUACAGCUGUUGAAAGUAAAGUGAGCAGACUUGUGACAGAUAAAGCAGCAGGUAAGGGGAACAAUCUGAGCUUGGUGAUUUUGUCAUCAAAAAUGUUUGUGCCAUAUGGCACUUCUAAAACAGUCUAUAUCAUGAAUUAAUAACACAAUCAAAAGUAUCAGACGGUUUAAAGAACCACUCUCUGCCUUGUGCAGUGAAUUGCUUGGAAUUUAUCAACACAAGUACAAAUGAUAGACUAUGGUUGCUUGUGAGCAUCACGUUUUUUUAUAACGCAUGAAAACAUAAUGUUAAAAAAAAAUAAAUCAAAAGCAGUUUCUAUUUCGCAAGUUAUUUUCCUUUGUGAUGCUUAAUCAGCAGAAAUAAAUAAUUAUCUGAUCAAUUUUCACACAAUCUGUUCUCUUUCUUACGUACCUACUUUCAAACAUACAGGAGCACUCGGCAUGAGCUACAUUAGUGUUUUCUUGGGAAUAUAUUGUACACUAGCAGAGAUGUGCCUGAAGCACUGUUCAGUUAGGGAUCGACUCUGCAGACACAGAUCCAGGCCACUGUAGCACCUAUGCCCCUAGUGUGGUCAGCUGAAAUGAGAAUCUUCAUUUUGGUUUAGAAUGGAUCAUUAACUGAACAGUGAUUUUGAAGGAAACUAUCCGAAAUGCACCACCCAAAGUGACAGAAAACCGAAGACAGCAAUUCCACUGAUGUCGGUGCAAACACUCUUGGCACUACUGCCUAUUCAAAUACCUUAGUGGAAGCUAAAAGUAAAAAUAAAAACCUGCAUUUUUUUAACCCCUUUAAUCAUGACAUGUCAUGAUUCCCUUUUAUUCCAUAAGUUUGGUCCUUAAGGGGUUAAACUUAAUUUUUCAUUAUUUUUUUUUCAAAAGAACCUACUUGGUUGGUCAGGUAGGUAAAAAAUUCAGUAAUUAGAAAAUAAAAAUUAAGUUCACAAUCAAAGAGGUCUAAUAUACUGAUAAAAGUAAGUGCAAAAGGGUGAAAGCGCAUACAAUCAUUAUAUUUUACCUUAAUUAUAUAACAAACAGGUUUUUCAGUAAAAUCAUUAGAUCCUGCAUAGCAUAUGCAUAAAGAAUAUCAUAGUGUAACAUGUAAUACACAAUAGUAAAAUUUAAGGUAAAAAAGGAAAACUCAGUUUAUCCACCAUAGGGAUAAUAACCAGCAAAUAUGGUCCCACUGGAGCUGUAGGAAAUCCAAGAAGAGCCAGGAAUUAGGUAAGACAAAAUUAUUGUAUUAAAAAGUAAAAUAUAUGAAUAAAACCACAUAAACAGCAGCACAACACGUUUCAACCAGUUUAAGUCUUCCUCAGGUAUAGUCUAAACACCAUAUAUGAUCCUGACCAGAUGCAACACGCCACCACCAAGUUAGCACUGCUUCUGGUUUUGGUUAUCUACAAUUCAUAAUACCACAUCAAAUAUAGCCACACAUCCUGUGAAUGCCGUAUACACAACGCCACCAAUAAGAUGGCGCUGUUUCUGGUUUCAGAUAAGUCAUACAUGUUGUCAUCCAGUCUCACAUUUCGCUCCCUCGAUCUUCUCAUGAUCCACACGCACGAUCUUAAGGGCGGCGCACGCAUAUCCAUGACGCGCUUCCAGCCAUAGUGUCUCGUAACUGAUCAUCUGAAGUCCAAUAAUGUCUUUCCUCCGUCUAAUAUACUGUCAAAUAACAAGGUUUGAUGUUUGAAAAUAUUGGAACAUAUUUAUAUAGAGCAGUUUGGGAACAAUGGCUAAAAGUGGAGUAAUCACCAUGGAAAAAGAAUAUUCCUUCUGAGUGCUACCCAUUUAGCACUUUGCUCCAAAAUAUACAAACCAAAUGUUUUUAUAAAUGAGAGUUUGUCACUUGUGAGUCAGCACAGAAAUCUUGAAAAUGUUCUUGUUUUUUUGUUUAGGCAAGCUUACUGAUGCCUUUUCGUCCUUGGCAAAAAAGAGCUAUUUCAGGGCUCUAAGCAAAAGACUUGGUUUGGUGAGUACUGUCCAUGGAUUUAUCUGUUUCCUUUCACUAAAUCAGCACUGAAAAACCAUAGAGUCUUGCUGUAUUAGAAAAAAAAUAUGUGUUCAUAUUGAGUAUAAUGUGAUCUUGAAAUUAGUCAGCAUCUAGGACUGUGUGUGUUGUUGCUUCUCUAUGUCUCAAUUGGCCGUCUUUCUCUGACACUAACUUCCUUCAUCUAGGCUAGCUCAUUGUGGUUUUUACCACAUCAUACGGAGUAGUGAAAGUGUUCUGCUUUUACAAUAGAUAAUCAUAGUAAAAUGAGGGGAAGUACCAUUCUUUUAUCAUUCAAAAUUGAAAAUAGAAGCACUGUAUCCCCCUUUUUGUAAUCAACCGGACUCUCUGUAUUAUAUUUACAUACAAUGAACAGUUUAGCUUCCAGUAUAUGCCAAAAAAAGAGUCCUUGCUCUUCUAACUGCUCUGGCUGGAUAGUUCCAGAACGCCUCAUAAAACUGGCAGAUGGGACGCUUUGAACAUUACUGUAAUAUGUUCUAAUGAAACCAGGCUGGAUAUAAGCUGUAGAAGAUCUAAAUAAAGCAGCCAUUCUCUACUGCCUGGGUUUCCAUACUAGCCCUCAGUAAACAAGAGUUUACAAUAGAAUCCAUCUCUGGAUUGAUAAAGUACAUAAACACAGUGAGCCCUUCUAUAUGCUUGGAUCUGACCAUAAAAUCACAGACAUACUUUUCUGAAAGACUCUGUGAUCUAGAUCCUAGUAGAGCAUCUAGGAAAAUACCUGGACAUCAUCUCUACUCCAUCUGUUUUAUGACCACAGCUCCCAUUAUCAUCAUCCAAAUGGAGGAUGCAGCUGUGCAAGAGCUGGAGGGCUACAAUUUCAUUAUCCUGGUCAGGGGACUAACAUAUGUAACACAAGAGAUACAUGAAUCUUCUAAACCAAUCAUUAUUAACAAGAGUAGUCCCAGAAGAUUGGAAGUUAGCGAAUGUUGUGCCCAUUUACAAGAAAGGUAAUAGGGAGGAGUCGGGCAACUAUAGGCCAGUAAGCCUUACUUCAGUAGUGGGGAAAGUGAUGGAAACCAUGUUAAAGGAUAGGAUUGCUGAACAUCUAAAAACACAUGGAUUUCAAGAUCAGAAACAACAUGGGAUCAUGCCAAACUAAUCUUAUAGAUUUUUUUGAUUGGGUAACUAAAAUUAUAGAUCAGGGUGGUGCAGUAGACAUUGCUUACCUAGAUUUCAGUAAGGCUUUUGACACUGUUGCACAUAGAAGGCUUAUCAAUAAACUGCAAUCUUUAAGUUUGGAUUCCAAUAUUGUUGAAUGGGUAAGGCAGUGGCUGAGUGACAGGAAACAGAGGGUUGUAGUUAAUGGAAUAUAUUCGAAGCUUGGACUUGUCACCAGUGGGGUACCUCAGGGAUCUGUACUUGGACCCAUUCUCUUUAAUAUUUUUAUUAGUGAUAUUGCAGAAGGUCUUGAUGGUAAGGUAUGUCUUUUUGCUGAUGAUACUAAGAUAUGUAACAGGGUUGAUGUUCCAGGAGGGAUAAGCCAAAUGGCAAAUGAUUUAGGUAAACUAGAAAAAUGGUCAGAAUUGUGGCAACUGACAUUUAAUGUGGAUAAGUGCAAGAUAAUGCAUCUUGGACGUAAAAACCCAAGGGCAGAGUACAGAAUAUUUGAUAGAGUCCUAACCUCAACAUAUGAGGAAAGGGAUUUAGGGGUGAUUAUUUCUGAUGACUUAAAGGUAGGCAGACAAUGUAAUAGAGCAGCAGGAAAUGCUAGCAGAAUGCUUGGUUGUAUAGGGAGAGGUAUUAGCAGUAGAAAGAGGGAAGUGCUCAUGCCAUUGUACAGAACACUGGUGAGACCUCACUUGGAGUAUUGUACACAGUACUGGAGACCGUAUCUUCAGAAGGAUAUUGAUACCUUAGAGAGGGUUCAGAGAAGGGCUACUAAACUGGUUCAUGGAUUGCGGGAUAAAACUUACCAGGAAAGGUUAAAGGAUCUUAACAUGUAUAGCAUGGAGGAAAGACGAGACAGGGGGGAUAUGAUAGAAACAUUUAAAUAUAUAAAGGGAAUCAACACAGUAAAGGAGGAGACUAUAUUUAAAAGAAGAAAAACUACCACAACAAGAGGACAUAGUCUUAAAUUAGAGGGACAAAGGUUUAAAAAUAAUAUCAGGAAGUAUUACUUUACUGAGAGUGUAGUGGAUGCAUGGAUUAGCCUUCCAGCUGAAGUGGUAGAGGUUAACACAGUAAAGGAGUUUAAGCAUGCGUGGGAUAGGCAUAAGGCUAUCCUAACUAUAAGAUAUGGCUAGGGACUAAAGAAAGUAUUUAGAAAAUUGGGAAGACUAGAUGGGCCGAAUGGUUCUUAUCUGCCGUCACAUUCUAUAUUUCUAUGAAACGUUUCCAUAUGCAUGUCAAUAUGAAUAGAAAAUAGUGACCUAAAAUGUACACCGCUAGUGGAUACAAUCAAUACAUAAAAAGGCCAAAUUACCCGUUUUAGUACACUGUAGAGGGUAAAAAGACUCCUCCAAAUCUUUGCUUAAAAUAUAUUAGAAAUACAAUCUACAAAAAAGAACCACAAUUAAUGUAAUACUAAUAAACACCAUAAAAAAGGUUUGGGGAUAUAUUGCACUCACAAACUAGAAUUUGAUAGCAGGCAUAUAGCAGAUAAAAUACUGUGGCACCUUCUUUCCUUUACUCCAUCUCCGAAUGUAGAGGGAAAGAAAGGAGAGACAAAUACAUAGUGUACAACUGUAUAUGGAUAAAAUCCAAAUUUAUUACAAGUUACACUCACAAGAUAAAAUCAAUAGAUAAGCUCAUUAGAAAAUACACUUCACCCAGUCCAGAAGUCGAAAAAACGGGUCUCUGGAAGCCAUGUUGAGAUGGUUCAAUUCUCGAGGUGAGUAGUACAAAUACAAAUACAUAAAAUAAAAAAAUAAAAAAAAUACUAAUAAAAUUAAAUUAAUCAAAUAAACUGUCUCUCCUUGCCCUAUGCUUUUCAUCUGACUGGCAACUUCAUCAGGGGCUCCACAGCAUCUGUAUGGUCUGCUCUCGCUGCAUCUCCAUUUAAAUAUGGGGGGUUUUUUGCCGCUUUCGGCUGCCAUCAGCCAAUCCCAAGCGGAACAUUUAUUGCAAACAGCUGUUCCCGAUCUUAAUUUUUGUGUUCCAAUCCAGUUCAAGCCUCAAUUUCAAUUUGCAAUCUUCAAGGCAUAUUACCACUUCCUCCCACAUGAUGCGUUCCAUUCACCAGCUCACGUGGUCCUGUUUGCGCUCCAGCUAUUUGCUGAAUGGGUCUUAGUUCAUGCAAAAGUUUGUAUGGCUUACGAAAAGAGUUCUCAUAUGAAUUAAAAUAGGAAAAACAUAUGGGGAAACAUCAAAAAGGAUAAAGUUUGUAAGGUAUGGAUCCAAUAUCCCUCUCUUCUUCUUAAAGGACCGCUAUAGUGCCAGGAAAUAAAACUUGUUUUCCUAGCACUAGAGGGUCAUUAGGUCCCCCCCACCCUCAGUGCCCCCCUCACGCUGGGCUGAAGGGGCUAAAACCCCUUCAGCAACUUAGCUUUCUCCAGUGCCGGGCUCUGUCUGUGCUGAGGAACUCUCCACCCCCUGCCGACGUCAGAUCCAAAUGCGCAUGCACGGCAAGAGCUACACGCGCAUUCAAACAGCCCAUAGAAAAGCAUUACUCAGUGAGACAGCUACUAGAGGCUGGAUAAACCCUCAAUGAAAUGUUUUCAGCUGCAGGGUUAAAACUAGAGGGACCUGGCACCCAGACAACUUCAUUGACCUGAAGUGGUCUGGGUGCCUAAAGUGGUCCUUUAACUUCAUAGAGAGAUCGCCCCCUCUUACAUCUAAUGUCUGUAUGAGUGGAUCAUUGUAAAUCUUAAAUAAAAGAACUGUAGCAAGUAAGUUGCCAUCAUAGAUAUUUUUAGAAACGUUUCUGUAGGUAAUAUUCUAUUCAGUUCUAGAUGAUCUGUUUGUAGUUCUAGACAGUGAUACAAUAAUUUAAUCAUAUGCACAUUCAUAGAAAAGGCUUGAAAAAAUAGCCGCCUAUUUCUAUAUGUAUGUGUUUUUUUUUUUGUUUUUUUUUUUGCUUGCAUCCAUUGUGUAUAUUACAUAAGCUUUAUAGUUUGUAAGUAUUAUUUUAUUGUAAAAUAACUAGUGUGAAAUCUUAUUCCUCAAUAUGUUUUGACAGAUUCCUCGAAUAGAUGGAGAAUAUGACCUAAGGGUUCCUAAGGACAUGGCCUACAUUUUCAGUGGUGCCUACGUCCCUUUAAGUUGUAAAUUAAUAGAACAGGUGAGUAACUGGGACUUUCUAACUAACAAUAGUAACGUUUGAUGCGUACAACAUGCAGGUGGACUGAAGUGUUUUGUAUUUUACAUGAUCAGUGCACAAGAAGCACAACACAAGAAAUUAAAAUACAAUAGGUUUCAUCCUAGUGCCUGGGCAUACACAAACGAUAGGUCACAGAGACAUAGCAUGAAAAGAGUUUCAGUCUGUGUUUGACACCAUGAGAUAGAGACAGAAUGGAAAGAAUCUGUGAAAUGUGAUUUUAUAAUCGCACUUUUUUUUGUUGUUAUUCUUACUCCCACAAAAUUCCUGUUUAGUAUUCGAGUAAGCAGAAUUGUGCUUGGAAUGUAUCUAUGUAUAUUUAAAAUAUAACAUCUGUCUUGCCAGAGCAUUUCCCAUUACUUUACACUAUUGACUAGGUAUGUUUUUUUUGUUUUAACGAGGAAACAUCUACAAAGGAAUCUAAUCAGACAAUGUCCUAACAUUAUUAUUAGUCUGGCAAUUAUUUAUUAAUCAGUACAAAAUAUAUUUAUGCUAUUCAUAUUAUUGGGAGAUAUUGGUUCGCUUCUUUUUUUUUUGUGGUUUGGGUGUUAAAGCGCACCUACCAAAGGCAACCAUUAUUUUUUCUCUUGACCUUUAUAAACCUUUACAAAACUAAAAACAUGGAAUAAAAAAAUAAAAUGAUGUUAACAACUGCUCUGCCUCUUAGGGAUGCACUGGUGUUCUACAACUACUUGAAUGCCCUUAGAAGUUAUAGUACCUUGCAUGUAAUUUUGGAACAGGGCCUGUCCAUUCUAUGAUACCAUACUGGUUGAGGAAGGCACAAUCUUCAGAGAAAGUGUAUCUUUUAAUCUAUACAUUUUUGGCAAUUUUGUCAGCAAAGUGUACAUAUUAAAUCUGUGCCAACACAGGCGGUGAAAACUUUACAUACUUGGGAUCCAUACAAUGUGUGGGUGACAGGAUCACUUUCAGGGAAAAUUGAUAAAAUCCCUGUCUAUAGGGUAUUUGUAGCAGAUUGAAUGGUUAGCCUAGUUAAAGUUUGAUCCUAUACAUAAAGGUGCACUCUAAGCCCCAUAAUACUACAGCCCACUAUAGUGUUUAUGAUGGCUGUAGAUACCUGUUUUGCAAGCAGUUUGACACUUACCUGGGCCCAGACAGCCCAUGCUGCAUAUGGACUUCACUAAAGCACUCAAAGACCCUAUUCUGCAUUUUUUGUACAACAUUUCUGAUCAUUUGUUGGUUAGCUGACAUGAGCUAUAGUGGUUAUGGUGUUUAGAGUGCUCACCUAUUUAACUGUCCCUUAUUGGUUCUGCCUGCAUCUGAAGGCCAGCAGUUCCAGUCUCCAUGCAGGAUAAUAAAAACUGUAGUUAUGUGAACCAGACUGUGUAUUAGUAUUUGGAAAUUGACGGGUCAGGCAUGCGUAGACACAGGCAACCUAGCAUUGUGUGCUGAUGGGCUGUCUUAUAGAUACAGCAAUGUUUACAAAUCACUGCAGCUAUAAGCUACUCUCAGAAAUGAGUGUUUCUCAGGGUACUCUAAGCAUCAUUCACUUUGCAGUAUUGUAUCUUGCUUUACAAGUGAUUGGCUUGUGAGGGCAUUAUAGCAGAAAUGUCUCAUGUUCUAUUCAAUCAAUAUCUAACAAUAAUUAAUGGAAUGUUGAAGGAAUGACUUUGGAUCUUUUUUCCAGGUAUUGCAGCGCAAAAGCUGGUUGGGACUUGAAGAAGUUACUCGCUUACUCAAUGGCAAUGAGUUUGCAGGUAUAUUAAGACUGUCACUGUGGAUAGUUUUCUAGUAAUGACAAACCAAAUCACACACACACUGCAUGCAAUGAGAGGUAAUCAACAACUACUAAGCAAAAAUAUGUGGUCCAUAGAAAAUGGCCUAUUUAUUUUACCAAUAGCCAUUCACUUCUCAUUAAAAACUGUGAAAUAUAUAAUCAAUCAAAAAGCUGACCUAAAUCUAGUGAGACAAAAUAUAAUUGGUUUCAGCAGACAUGAUUACAUUAGUAUUAGAAUAUGUAAUAUUUGGAACAUAAGAAUGUAUUACAUUUUAAAGCUUUCCAAAAAUGACAGUGCAUGCAACACUGGGCGAGAACUAAUAACUGUUCAUAUUUAGCAGCAGUAAAUGGUAAGAGGUCAUUCUUUAAAGCUCAAAUCAGUUGUAUCUGCAAGAAUUGAUGUCUGCUGUCAUUCUCUUUCUUAGAUAGUGAAUCUUUUUUUUAAAUCUAGUCUUUAUGCUUUCACAGAUAAAGUUGUAUAUAUCAUGGAAAUAUAUGAAGCCAGUCUUACCACUCAUUCCACGUUUCAUUAUUUUCUUUAGAUCAAAUAUCCGACAAUAAAACAAACUCUGAUUCUCAAAGGACCAUCGUUGCAUUGUUCCUUGGAGGCUGCACAUUUUCAGAGAUCUCUGCUUUGAGAUUUCUCGGCAAAGAAAAAGGUGAUUAUAAUGUUCACAUGCACAAAUUUAGUCUUAAACACUCACAUAUUUGCUGCUUUUGUUCAUUCGCACACAUCUUUUUAGGAAAAAUGUUUCGGAUGGAAAUUUCAAGAGCAGAUGAUUUGCCGUGAUGGCUUAGCAAAAAAAAGUUGAAUGGAGCCCAUCGACUCCUUACAUAAUUGCUACACUGAGCUGUAAUAAUUAUGUUACUUAGAGUGUACCUUUUUUAACGACCUUUUGCUAAUCACAUUGUAAAAAGGUACCAACACUUAGAGGUACAAACACAUUAAAGGGAUACUAUAGAGCUGGGAAUACAAAUCUGUAUUAUACUUCCUUCUUGCACCCCCCCCACCCCGAUAGACAACUUCUGUUGCCAGUCUUGGUCCCACAAGCUAAUUAGUACAGUUUUUCAAAAACUGCAAUUAUUUACAUUGCAGGGACAAGUGGUACUGGGAUACUGCACCUUGGUCAGUAUCCUGCAUCAAUGAGCUGAAGUGGUCUUAGUGCAUAUAAUGUCCGCCUCCAACCCUCAAAAAAAACAUAGUUUUAAUUAGAAAUACCCUUAUGCUCUUUAAUUAUGCAUUUUUCAUUGGGAUAUAUCUAAAAAAAACUGUUUGCAAAAGUUGCAGAUUUCUUGUCUGAAGCUUUUGCAAGCCCUCACCAUGUCACUUUCCAGUCACAGACUUCCUAAUGCAGCUCAAUGAGAAGUCUUUGCAAGGCAGGUUCUCUGGGCAACUGCCUGCAUCUUGAGUUUAGCUCAGCUGAGCUAAACAAACCAGGAAGUAACAGGACCUGUCCUCUGAUUGACAGCAAAGGGGUGUAAUAAGGUUUAUUUAUAAAAGUGACAAUUUUUAUAAAAAUUUGCACUUUUUGUAAAAUGAAAAAAAAGAGGACUCACUUCACAUUUAAAGUGUUUUAGCAAGCUAAAGUGCUUUAGGAGUUUGGAGUGUCCCUAUAAUAACAGACCUCGGAAGAGAUAGUUUACUGAUAGAGGCCUUAAAAUGCAUUAAUGGACUAAGACAGAAAUAUUUUAUUUAUUUUUAUAAAGCAGUAGAAGCAAUCCAGUGCUUGCCGUAAAAAAGCACUGGGUGGCAGGGCCCAUGCACGGCAAUCGCUGCUCAGCAUUGGCAAUCCUUAUUGUAGAGAAGCAUUGAAUCCAGUGCUUCUUCAUGAAUAUCUUCACAUCUGCUUCCAAAUGAUCUAAACUGCUGCAGAGGGGUGUCAGAGAAAGCACUGGGUAUUUUUUUUUUGUAAAUUACCAUUUGAAAAGUGUUUAACAGAAACUAAGGAGACUGCACACAAAAAAAACUUUAUAGCAUCAUCGCCACUUUAAUGAGCUGUAAUGGUCAUGUUGCUUAGCGUGUACCUUAAAUGAUUACAAUAAACCACAUUUAACUAUUAUAUCAAAUUAAAAAUUAUAUGAAAUGUGUAAUUGUUUUUUGUAGGUUAUAGAUUUAUCUUCAUUACAACGUCUAUUAUGAACAGUGGACGAAUGCUGGAGUCGCUGACUGAGACUAAAACAUGACCUUUUGAUGGACGCCAAUUUUAGACAUUUCUGGGAAAUAGGAAAUCUAUCACCUGGACUCAUACAUACAUUGAGCAAGAGUUUUAAUCUAUUCUGGACAUCAAGACCUUUCAUUAUAAUUGUACAUAUCUCACAACUCUUUAGUGAUUUUUUUUUUUUUUCUUUUUAUGAAAAAAAAAUAUAUGAAGAUUUACCUAUACUGCUGUAUCAAAACAGUUUGUGACCCUUUCUAAAAAUUCCAAUUACUUGGAAGUACCCUAAGUAAAGAAACUAUUAAUAACGUGACAUACAAACAUGGAUUCAUUGUGUGCAUGUAUUCUUUUUUAUAUCAAAGUGAAGAGGGGUGCAUGGGUAUUGACAUUGCUAAUUACUAAGCUCAGAAUUUGUGUAAGCCAAAAUGUCCAAACUACAAAAAAUGUGAUGUUUUGCUAGUAUGCCAUUUGGAGCUAAAAUUCAGUUCCUUGCAAUUUCUGGUUUAGUGAAAAAAAAAAUCUCUAUAAGCAUGUAUACAAUAAAUAUUAGCUCAUUGAUUAGUGAUCUAUAAUGAUAAUUUUAAAAUAACAUACUAAUGGAUGAUCUGUUGUACAGGUGAUACCAGAAAAAUUAGAAUAUCGUGCAAAAGUUAAUUUAUUUCAGUAAUGCAACUUAAAAGGGGAAACUAAUAUAUGAGAUAGACGCAUUACAUGGAAAGCAAGAUAGUUCAAGCCGUGAUUUGUCAUAAGUGCGAUGGUUAUGGCUUACAGCGCCUGAAAACCCCAAAUCCACAAUCUCAGUAAAUUAGAAUAUUGUGAAAAGGUGCAAUAUUUUAGGCUCACAGUGUCCCACUCUAAUCAGCUAAGUAAGCCAUAACACCUGCAAAGGGUUUCUGAGCCUUUAAAUGGUCUCUCAGUCUGGUUCAGUAGGAAUCACAAUCAUGGGGAAGACUGCUGACCUGACAGUUGUGCAGAAAGCCAUCAUUGACACCCUCCAUGAGGAGGGAAAGCCUCAAAAGGUAAUUGCAAAGGAAGUUGGAUGUUCCCAAAGUGCUGUAUCAAAGCACAUUAAUAGAAAGUUAUGUGGAUGGGAAGAGUGUGGAAGAAAAAGGUGCACAAGCAGCAGGGAUGACCUCAGCCUGGAGAGGAUUGUCAGGAAAAGGCCAUUCAAAUGUGUUGGUGGACUGAGGCUGGAGUCACCACAAACAGACGGACCUGGACAUGGGCUUCAAAUGUCGUAUUCCUCUUGUCAAGCCGCUUCUGAACAACAAACAACAUCAGAAGCGUCUUACCUGGGCUAAAGAAAAACAGACCUGGAGUCUGGAGGAAGAAUGGAGAGGCACACACUGCAAGAUGCUUGAAGUCCAGUGUGAAGUUUCCACAGUCUGUGUUGAUUUGGUGAGCCAUGUCAUCUGCUGGUGUUGGUCCACUGUGCUUCAUUAAGUCCAGGGUUAACGCAGCCGUCUACCAGGAGAUUUUGGAGCACUUCAUGCUUCCUUCCGCAGACAAGCUUUAUGGGGAUGCUGACUUCAUUUUCCAGCAGGAAAACCUGCCCACACUGCCAAAAGCACCAAAGCCUGGUUCAAUGACCGUGGGAUUACUGUACUUGAUUGACCAGCAAACUCGCCUGACCUGAACCCCAUAGAGAAUCUAUUGGGCAUUGCCAAGAGAAAGAUGAGAGACAUGAGACCGAACAAUGCAGAAGAGCUGAAGGCCGCUAUUGAAGCACCCUGGUCUUCCAUAACACCUCAGCAAUGCCACAGGCUGAUAGCUUCCAUGCCACGGCGCAUUGAGGCAGUAAUUGCUGCAAAAGGGGCCCAAACCAAGUACUGAGUCUAUAUGCAUGCUUAUUCUUUUCAGAGAUCCGAUAUUGUUCUAUGUACACUCCUUGUUUUAUUGAUUGCAUGUAAUAUUCUAAUUUACUGAGAUUGUGGAUUUUGGGUUUUCAUGCGCUGUAAGCCAUAAUCAUCACACUUAUGACAAAUCACAGCUUGAACUAUCUUGCUUUGCAUGUAAUGCGUCUAGCUCAUAUAUUAGUUUCCCCUUUUACGUUGCAUUACUGAAAUAAAUGAACUUUUGCACGAUAUUCUAAUUUUUGGAGUAUCACCUAUACCUGUUUAAACUGUAGAGUCAAAGGUUCAGUCUUUUUCAGGGUCAGCAUCUGAGAUUGUGAUAGCAUUUAUGCCUUUUGGGCACACAGAAACACGUCAUCAUUAUAGAAAAAGAAUUGUUAUUUUUUUUUUAUUUUAGUAUUUACAUUUCUUAAAAGGAAAGCUGACAGCCUUUUCUUUUUGUACUUUAUUUAAAAAUACAAUUUCUGUAAGCAUUAUUACCAGAAAACCAACCUAC